AAAUAAACACACGUUCCUGUAUUGGCUGAAAAUGGCAGCCACAGGAGCCGGGUCUCCCAGCCGGUUGGUCCAGUAUGUGGUUGUUCGGUCGGAUCUGGUCCACAAGCUGUCCUGGCCACUGGGAGCCGUUAUAACUCAGGCCUGUCAUGCUGCCACCGCCGCCAUUCACCUUCACUACGGAGACCCGGACACACAGCAGUACUUGGCAGAGCUGGACUCAAUGCAUAAAGUGGUGCUUGGGGCUCCAGACGAGACCGCCCUGUCCAGUCUAUCAGAGAAUCUAACACAGGCUGGUGUGGCCCACAAGCUUUGGAUAGAACAACCAGAGAACAUCCCCACCUGCUUGGCUCUGAAGCCAUGUCCAAAAGAGACUGUCCAGCCGCUGCUGCGCAAGUUCAAACUCUUCAAAUGACAGCCCUAAAAGACAUUGUCCAGCUAUGAACUACAGAGCAUGUCAGCAAAGAAGAAGCCACAUGUCUAAUUGCAUCUAACAGUUGUGCUCUUACUGACGGCGCCACAGCAUUUGUCAGUACAUCCAAACAUCUGUAAUUUCCAAGAUUAAAGCUGGAAAAUAUAA